AUGUUGUCCGCUCAGGACGCGUCGCAGCCGAGCGCUGAACCCGAACAACACGAUCCCACCGUCGAACGCAAAAAGAAAAAGAAGAAAACACGCUCCCACGACAAAAUAGAAAUAACUGGGGAAGAUGGCCAGGACCACGAGCACCGCGAGAAGAAGAAGAAAAAGAAAAAACACAGGCAUGUCGAAGAGACGGGGGACGCUCAAACGAACCAACUUGCACCUGAGCCUGACUCCGAACACGGCUUGAGCGAGGAAGCAGCACCAGAAGGGUUGGAUGUGGGGCAAGAGAAGAAAAAGAAGAAGAAGAAAGAUAAGAAAAAGCGCGACAAAGGGAAACAGAAAGCGGUCGCUGCCGAGCCUGCAGAACAAACGGAACCACCAGAGACCGACAUGGAUCCUCAAGGGUCGACUGCAGCGCUUCUCAAUGCUAUCGUCGCCGCUGUGUCGUCGGCGUCCCCCGCUGAACUUGGACAAGAAGAGCCUGAGGCACAGCCAGAGCCUCCAGCUCCACCGAUGCCUGUUCCACCAGCACCUCCGCCAGGCCACUUCAUUCCGUUUCCACCUCCCCCAGGCUUCCCAUUUCCCCCAGGCUUUGGAGAAGGAUCAGGGCCGUUUAACCUCAAUAACGUCCCGCCCAAUGUCUUCAACGAACUGGCGUACGGCUCAAGUGACGAUGUCCUGCGUGCUUUGCAAGAUCUGGAUAUGGAUAAAAUUGCAGGAGUUUUGAAGACCCUUGGUGACGCUGCGAACACUGUAAACGUCCCCCCUUUACCGCCUACGUUCCCUCCCCCUCCUGCCUUCGUUCCUCAGCCUCUUCCACUACCACCAACUUCGUCUACGACCCUUGGCCAAACGCCUGUCGAAUCUAGCGCUAUUCUCGGUCGAACAGGGCGUCAAACUGGUGCUUCAACACGUCGUUCCCAGCCUGCCAACCACACUAGCUCUGUUCUCGAGCAUCAAACGAACACUGACCACGCUGAGAUGCUUUGUACGAAGUGGUUGAGCGCAGCUAAAUUGACGGAACUAGUUAAAUCAGAAGGUCUGGUAUACAAGAAGGGCAAGUUCUCGGCGACGGAAGCCCAACAGCUGGCAGAUGCUAUUGAAGCUCACCGUCAGGCUCACCAACUUACGGAAGCCCAGAUACUCGAUAUCAUCUUUCCCAAAAAUGAAAAGCAGCGAAACAAUCAAUUCUGGACUGAGCUAACUCGAGCCGUCCCUCAACGACCCAUUGUCGCGGUUUACCAUCAUGUACGACGGACACAUCAUCCCUUAAAGCAGCAGGGGAAUUGGACCGCAGAUGAAGACGCAGCGCUUAAACAGGCUGUCGCUGAUUUAGGUCAACAAUGGGAGAAAGUGAGCCAGCGCGUCGGCAGGAUGUCAUCGGACUGUCGAGACCGCUAUCGCAACCACAUUGUUGGUCGUGAUGUCAGGAAGAACGGUCCUUGGUCCAAAGAAGAGGAAGAUGAACUCACCCGCAUAGUUACCGACAUGACAGUGAAGCAGGGUCGUGAUCCCGACACAGACGUAUUCUGGGGAAGGGUCAGUGAAUUGAUGGGUGGAAGGCGAGGUCGUCAACAAUGCCGGAUAAAGUGGACGGAUUCGUUGAGCAAGCUCCUGAAGACCGGAGAAGGCGAAAAGCCUCGGUGGAGCCAACAAGACGCCUAUAUUCUUGUUCACAAAGUGGAUUCGUUGAACGUCCGCGAUGAUACUGAAAUCGACUGGAAAACUCUACCUGACCCUGAUUGGAAUCUCUGGAGUGCGCACAGUUUGCAACGACGCUGGCUUACGAUGAAGAAAAGCAUCAAGGGAUAUGAAGAUAUGACUCAUCAAGAAAUCAUGGAUAUUUUGAGGGUCAAGAAAGCCCAUGCUCCCACUGAUUCUGCGGCCAAUAACAAAAAACGUAAAAGCCGAAAGAUAACCAGUGCAACGAUCAUCAAUGAUGAUACACCAGCUCAAGCUGAAGCAGGGAGCAGCACUGGCCCUGGGACCCUGAGUCAAGCUCGAUCAUAG